AUGUUUCGACCAGCGAUUCGACAGUGCACACGGCCAUUGGCCACCUCUCUGAAGCCAAACUGCAUGGCCUCGCGCGCCUACGCGUCCGCGGGUUCUGUCAAGUUUGACUGGCAAGACCCGUUGGACAGCAAGUCGCUGCUGACCGAGGAGGAGCUUGCCAUCUCUGAGACGGCAGAGAGAUACUGCCAGGAGCGGAUGCUUCCUCGUGUACUCCAGGCUUACCGUGACGAGAAUUACGAUGCCGCGAUCCUUUCCGAAAUGGGCGAACUCGGUCUGCUCGGAGCCAACCUCGACGGGUACGGCUGCGCGGGCGCCAGCACAGUCGCUUCCGGUCUAAUCACACGAGCCGUCGAGCGCGUCGAUAGUGGCUACCGAUCGGGCAUGUCGGUGCAGUCUUCACUGGUCAUGGGCGGUAUACACACGUUUGGCACGGCUGAGCAAAAGGACAAGUUUUUGCCGGGAAUGGCACAAGGCAAGUUGCUCGGUGCCUUUGGUCUGACCGAGCCGAACCACGGCAGUGAUCCCGGUUCCAUGGAGACGACGGCUCGACCGCACCCGACCAAGAAGGGGUACCUCCUGCUCAGCGGCUCAAAGACAUGGAUCACCAACAGCCCAAUCGCUGAUGUCCUCAUGAUCUGGGCCAAACUCCAAGAGACGGGCAAGAUCAGAGGUUUCCUGGUUGAACGUAAAGAUUGUCCUCCAGGCACCCUCGAGACGCCUGCUAUUAAGAACAAGAACGGUCUUCGCGCAAGCAUUACUGGCAUGAUUCACCUCGAUGAUUGUCCCGUUCCCGAGGCCCACAUGUUUCCAGAUGUUGAGGGCUUGACUGGCCCGUUCACUUGCCUGAAUAGUGCUCGCUACGGCAUUGCAUUGGGUACCAUGGGCGCCCUAGAGGACUGCAUUGAGCGCACCAGGACAUACGCCAUGGAGAGAAAACAAUUCAAGAACAACCCAAUCGCCAAGUAUCAGCUUGUACAAAAGAAGCUGGCAGAUGCCGCCACCGAUGCCGCCUACGGUACACUGGCCGCAAUCCAGGUGGGAAGGCUCAAGGACGAGGGCAAGGCCACACCAGAGAUGAUUUCCAUGAUUAAGCGACAGAACUGCGACAGGGCUCUGUGGAAUGCUAGAGUAUUACAAGAAGUGUUUGGCGGUAAUGCGGUCAGCGAUGAGUAUGGCAUUGGCCGGCACGUGGCAAACUUGUUUGUGACACAGACAUAUGAAGGCCAGAGCGAUAUCCACAGUUUGAUAUUAGGUCGUGCCAUUACGGGACUGCAAGCAUUUGUUUAA